AUCUACAACUACGAGGCCGCUCAGGACGUGGAGCUGUCGCUGCAGGUCGGGGACACCGUUCACAUCCUGGAGAUGUACGAAGGCUGGUACCGAGGAUACACCCUCCGAAAUAAAUCGAAGAAGGGCAUUUUCCCCGAAACGUACAUCCAUUUAAAAGAGGCCAUCGUGAAGGACCGGGGGCAACACGAAACGGUGAUUCCAAGUGAGUUACCCCUGGGCCAGGAGCUCACCUCCACCCUGAGGGAGUGGGCAGUUAUCUGGCACAAGUUGUAUGUGAACAACAAGACAACCCAGUUCAGGCACGUGCAGCAGCUGACCUACAGCCUGAUAGAGUGGAGGUCCCAGAUCCUCUCGGGGACCCUUCCCAAGGAUGAACUGGCUGAGCUCAAGAAGAAAGUCACUGCCAAGAUUGACUAUGGCAACAGGAUCCUGGGCUUGGACCUGGUGGUGCGAGAUGACAACGGGAACAUCUUGGACCCGGAUGAGACCAGCACCAUCUCCCUCUUCAAGGCCCACGAAACUGCCUCCAAAAGGAUUGAUGAGAGGAUCCAGGAGGAGAAGUCCCUGCAGCAGAGUUUGGACCUCAGGGGGCAGCCAAUCUUCAACUCCACCCACACCUACAGCCUGUAUGUGAACUUCAAGAACUUUGUCUGCAACAUUGGGGAAGAUGCCGAGCUGUUAAUGAGCCUCUACGACCCUGAUCUCUCCAAAUUCAUCAGUGAGAAUUACCUGGUUCGUUGGGGCAGUAACGGGAUGCCCAAAGAAAUUGAGAAGCUAAAUAACCUCCAGGCAGUCUUCACUGACUUGAGCAGCUCUGACCUGAUCAGACCCAAGAUCAGCCUGGUGUGUCAGAUCGUCAGGGUGGGGCACAUGGAGCUCAAGGAUGGCAAGAAGCACACCUGUGGGCUCAGGAGGCCCUUUGGGGUGGCAGUGAUGGACAUAACUGACAUCAUCCAUGGCAAGGUGGAUGACGAGGAGAAGCAGCAUUUUAUCCCCUUCCAGCAGAUUGCCAUGGAGACCUACAUCAGGCAGAGGCAGCUGAUCAUGUCCCCCCUGAUCACAUCCCACGUGAUUGGGGAGAACGAGCCCCUCACCUCGGUCUUCAACAAAGUCAUCGCUGCCAAGGAGGUGAAUCACAAAGGCCAAGGUCUUUGGGUCUCCCUGAAGCUGCUCCCUGGGGAUCUGGCUCAGGUUCAAAAGGAUUUCUCCCACCUUGUAGACAGAUCCACUGCUGUGGCUCGGAAAAUGGGAUUCCCUGAGAUCAUUCUUCCUGGAGGUGGGGAAGGGUGCUGCAUGUCCCUGCUGUCCCCUGUGCAGGUGGCCAUUGCCAUAGAAGAGGUCAGUCGGUGCCACCUGAGGUUCACUUUCCGUCACCGCUCGUCCCAGGAAUCCAGGGAUAGGUCUGAGAGAGCUUUUGGUGUGGGCUUUGUGAAGCUGAUGAAUGCAGACGGGACGACGCUGCAGGAUGGCAAACACAACCUGAUUGUUUACAAGGGCGACAACAAGAAAAUGGAAGAUGCCAAAAGCUAUUUGAGUCUUCCUUGCACCAAAACGGAGAUGGAGGAGAGGGAGGCUCCUUCAGGGAAGAACCUGCACCACCUGGCCAACUUCACCCCCACGAAAGACAGCACAAAGGACAGCUUCCAGAUUGCCACUGUGAUCUGCUCCACCAAACUCACCCAGAAUGUUGACCUGCUGGGUUUGUUGAACUGGCGCUCCAACUCCCAGAACAUCGCCCACAACCUCAGGAAGCUCAUGGAGGUGGAAGGAGGGGAGAUUGUGAAGUUUUUGCCUGACACCCUCGAUGCACUUUUCAACAUCAUGAUGGAGAUGUCAGAAAAUGAAACCUAUGACUUCCUUGUGUUUGAUGCCCUGGUAUUUAUUAUUUCUUUGAUUGGAGACAUCAAGUUCCAGCAUUUCAACGCUGUCCUUGAGACUUACAUUUACAAACACUUCAGUGCAACCCUGGCAUAUGUGAAGCUCACCAAAGUGCUCAACUGCUACGUGGGGAAUGCUGAGGACUCCAGCAAGACAGAGCUGCUCUUUGCUGCCCUGAAAGCCCUCAAGUACCUGUUCAGGUUCAUCGUCCAGUCCCGGGUGUUGUACCUGAGUGUUUAUGGGAAGAGUGAAGAUGGGAAUGAAUUCAACGAUGCCAUUCGCAAACUCUUCCUGUCCUUCAACAUCCUCAUGGACCGGCCUCUGGAGGAGGCUGUGAAGAUCAAGGGGGCAGCUCUGAAGUAUUUGCCAAGCAUCAUAAACGAUGUCAAACUGGUGUUUGACCCCGUUGAGCUCAGUGUCCUCUUCAGCAAGUUUAUCCAGAGUAUUCCUGACAACCAGCUCGUCCGCCAGAAGCUGAACUGCCUGACCAAGAUUGUGGAGAGUGAUCUGUUCAGACAGGCUGCUCUGCACAUCCAGCUGAUCAUGGAGCGCCUGCUGAGGAGGAUCAACCGCACGGUGAUCGGGAUGAGCCGCCAGUCCCCCCACAUCGGGAUUUUCGUGGCCUGCAUGACAGCCAUCCUGAGGCAGAUGGAUGAUUUCCAUUACAGCCAUUACAUCAAGACUUUCAAAACCAGGCAGGACAUUAUUGACUUCCUGAUGGAAACAUUCAUCAUGUUCAAGGACCUGAUUGGAAAAAACGUGUAUGCAGCUGACUGGAUGGUCAUGAACAUGAUGCAGAGCAGGGUUUUCCUCAGGGCAGUGAACCAGUUCACCUCUGUCCUCAACCAGGCCUUCCUGGAUCAAAAAAGUUUUGAACUCCAGCUCUGGAAUAACUAUUUCCACUUGGCAGUGGCCUUCCUGACUCACGAGUCCCUCCAGCUGGAGACCUUCUCCCAGGCCAAACGCAGCAAAAUCAUCAAGAAGUACGGGGACAUGAGGAAAGAAAUUGGCUUCAAAAUCAGGGAUAUGUGGUACAACCUGGUUGGAAUCAAGUGGUGGUGGCACUUUGGUUCCUUUAGGUUUGAAAACGAGCUGAUCACCAAGCUGGACCAGGAGGUGGAGGGCGGCCGAGGGGAUGAGCAGUACAAGAUCCUGCUGGAGAAACUGCUCCUGGAGCACUGUAGGAAGCACAAAUACCUGGCUGCCCCUGGGGAGGUGUUUGCCCUGCUGGUCAGCAGCCUGCUGGAGAACCUGCUGGACUACAGGACCAUCAUGCACGACGAGAGCAAGGAGAACCGCAUGAGCUGCACCGUCAACGUGCUGAACUUUUAUAAGGAGAAGAAGCGAGAGGACAUUUAUAUCAGGUACCUCUAUAAACUCCGGGACCUGCACACAGACUGUGAGAACUUCACAGAGGCAGCUUACACCCUGCUGCUCCAUGCAGAGCUGCUCCAGUGGUCUGAGAAGCCCUGUGCCCCCCACCUCAUGCAGAGGGACAGCUUCUACGUCUACUCCCAGCAGGAGCUCAAGGAAAAACUCUACCAAGAAAUCAUCUCCUUCUUCGACAGGGGCAAAAUGUGGGAAAAAGCCAUCCAGCUGAGCAAGGAGUUGGCUGACAUGUAUGAAAACAAGGUCUUUGAUUAUGAGGGGCUUGGGAAUCUCCUGAAAAAAAGAGCUACUUUUUAUGAGAAUAUCAUGAAGGCAAUGAGGCCUCAGCCAGAGUACUUUGCUGUUGGAUACUAUGGGCAGGGUUUCCCCUCUUUCCUCCGGAAUAAAAUCUUCAUCUACCGUGGCAAGGAGUAUGAGCGGAGGGAGGACUUCAACCUGAAGCUGCUGACCCAGUUCCCCAGUGCUGAGAAGAUGACCAGCACUGCCCCUCCAGGGGAAGACAUCAAAGCUUCUCCUAAACAGUAUGUGCAGUGCUUUAUUGUAAAGCCUGUGAUGAACCUGCCACCUAAUUACAAAGAUAAACCUGUCCCUGAACAGAUCCUAAACUACUACAGAGCAAACGAGGUGCAGCAAUUCACACACUCCAGACCAGUCAGGAAAGGAGAGAAAGAUCCAGACAACGAGUUUGCUACCAUGUGGAUAGAAAGGACAACCUACACCACAGCUUAUUCAUUCCCAGGCAUCCUCAAGUGGUUUGAGGUCAAGCAGGUCACCACGCUUCCAGCUGUCCCCCAGCCACGGCACAUCCCGUGUCCGUGUGUUCAGAGCUCAGAGAGGAGCAGGAAAGAGCAAAGAGCAGAGAUUCCCACUGCCUGCAAGGCCUUUUUCACCGAGAAGUAUCUUCAGGAACAUCCCGAAGAUCAAGAUAAAAUUGAGCUGCUGAAGCAACAAAUUGCCAUCCAGAUGCCCCUGCUGGCGGAGGGGAUCCGGAUCCACGGGGAGAAGCUGACGGAGCAGCUGAAGCCACUGCACGAGCGGCUCACGGGCUGUUUCCGGGAGCUCAGGAGGAAGGUGGAGAAGCAGUACGGGGUCAUCACCCUGCCCCCCUCCCUGACCGAGAGGAAGCCCAGCAGGUCUGGCUCUGUGGUGCUGCCCUACAUCAUGUCCUCCACCCUCAGGAGGCUCUCAGUCACUUCUGUGGCCUCCUCCGUGGUCUCCACCUCCUCCACCUCCUCUGACAGCACCUCCUCCAGGCCAGGCUCGGAUGGAUCUAUCCUGGAGCCUCUCUUGGAGAGGAGAAUAUCAACAUCUUCCAGAGCUGAGGAGCCGCCCGGGAAGGAUGAUGGUGACAACAGGAUCAGCAAACUCAAGAGGAAGGAGUGGAGCAUUAGCAAGUCUCAGGUUAUCGUGGAGAAGGAGCCAGAAGCAGAACUGACUUCCAAAAUGGGCACGGCAGGGAAAGCACAAAGGCCAAAGAGUCUCCAGCUGGGAGACAACAGACUGACUUUGCUUCAGGGCUCUUCGCUCCAGCAGUCGACUCGCAGCCCACCCCCCAUCACCCCCAAAACCCCCAGGACCCAAAGUUUUCCCUCGUUGCAGGCUGAUGGAUUGGCAACCCCACCCCCUCCUCCACCCAAGAGCAAACCCUAUGAGAACAGCAACCCCAGGAAUUCUGUGGAGGUUGCUCCACCACUGCCCAGCAGAAGGGAAGCCAAACCUCCCCCUCCACCCCCAAAAACCAGGAAAUCCAGCGUGGUGUCCUCGGAGCAGGGGCUGCAGUGAGGGAGGAUCCCACCCCCAGCCUGGUGAUCCCUCCUUGGAGUUUUCCUUGGGAAAGACCCAAAGGAACUGUUGUUGACUGUGUUCCCCAAGCCCUGCUUUCCCUGGGACACUGAUCCCUACUGGAAUUCUCUUCUGCCUCAGCGUUGUCUGCCCUGAGUUCCAGCCCUGCUGCAAUUCCAGCGGCUCCUUCCCGGUGUCAUCAGUCCCAGGAGGGAUUUUGCACCGGGGGUCUGAAGCCAGGGGAGGCAGAGCAGUGGGAGGUGUGUCCAGCAGUAUUUUUCACGUGAGUUUC